AUGGUGGUGGCGAGCCUGGCGGCUUCCACGCGCUGGCUGGAGCCCGGGGCGGGGGGGCCCGCAGCCUGCCCCGACCCCGGGCUCCCGCCUCACGCCGCUGCUCUCUCCCCGCAGGGCACCUUCUCGCUCAUCAUCGAAGCCUGGCACGCGCCGGCCAACUACCUCCCGCAAGGCUCCCAACCACUGCCUGAGGAUGGGCUGAUUAGCCAGAUGGCAAUCCAGCACCUGCUAGCCGUAGGCGAAGAGUGGUCACAGGAUGUGCAGAGUGGGCCACAGACCCAGCUGCGCUACUCCUACCGCGUCAUCUGUAGCGACAACUACUAUGGCGACAGCUGUUCACGCCUCUGCAAGCGCCGCGACGACCGCUUUGGCCACUAUGUGUGCGAGUCCGAUGGCAGCCUGGCUUGCCUGCCUGGCUGGGCUGGCGAGUACUGCACAGAGCCCAUCUGUCUGUCUGGGUGCACUGAACAAAACGGGUACUGCAACAAGCCAGGAGAGUGCAUAUGUCGCCCAGGUUGGCAAGGCCGUUAUUGUGAUGAGUGCAUUCCACAUGUAGGCUGUCGCCAUGGGACUUGCAAAACACAGUGGCAGUGCAUAUGUGACGAAGGCUGGGGUGGCCUUUUCUGUGAUCAAGAUCUGAACUACUGCACUCACCACAAACCAUGCAAAAACGGAGCCACCUGCAUGAACACUGGCCAGGGCAGUUACACAUGUUCAUGCAAACCUGGUUUCACUGGUGUUGACUGUGAACAUGAAAUCAGCGAGUGUGAUAGCAACCCCUGUCGGAACGGCGGUAGUUGCACGGAUAUGGAGAAUGGUUACCAUUGCAUGUGCCCACCUGGAUACUAUGGAACUCACUGUGAGCACAGUGCUUUGACUUGUAUUGAUUCUCCAUGUUUUAAUGGGGGCACAUGCUUGGAAAAGGAACAAGGAGCCAGUUACACUUGCCUCUGCCCCCUGGGCUUUACAGGAUCUAAUUGUGAAAAGAAAGUGGACAGGUGCACAAGUAACCCAUGUGCAAAUGGUGGUCAAUGCUAUGACUUGGGUCAAAUCCGUGUAUGCCGAUGCCGUGCUGGUUUUUCUGGUCAGAAGUGUGAGAUAAACAUCAAUGAGUGUGCCCGGAGCCCAUGUUCCAGUGGGGGCACUUGUCAUGACCUGAUCAAUGAUUACACUUGCACCUGCUUGCCAGGCUACACUGGCAGGAACUGUGACAUCAAAACCACAGAUGAAUGUGCGUCUGGGCCGUGCCAGAAUGGAGCCACAUGCUAUGGUGGACUUUAUAGUGCCAACUUUAUCUGUAACUGUCCUCCUGGCUUCAUGGGCAGCCGUUGUGAAUUCCCAGUUUAUACAUUACCUGUUCCAGUUCCUCCCAGACCAGUUCCUUGGAUUGCUAUCUCCAUGGGCGUAGGGCUAGUGGCUUUGCUUGUACUGUUCUGCAUGAUAGCUAUGGUCAUCAGACAGAUGCGGAGGCACCCAGAGCAGGAUCGAGAGACUAUGAACAACCUGUCUGACUUUCAGAAGGACAAUCUUAUUCCAGCUUCCCAACUCAAAAACACCAAUAAAAAUAAAGACCUGGAGGUGGACUGUGGGCUGGAGAAAUCAAACUACAAACCUAAGAAUCAUACACUGGAAUAUAACUUGGUAAAGGAUCUGACAAGCAGAGCGACACAGGAGGAUAAAUAUUAUAAAAGUGAAAAGUGUUUAGGAGAGAAAUCUCCCCUUCGAUUACACAGUGAAAAGCCGGAAUGUAGGAUAUCAGCAAUAUGCUCUCCAAGGGAUUCAAUGUACCAGUCUGUUUUUGUGAUAACAGAGGAGCGGAAUGAGUGCGUCAUAGCCACGGAGGUAUAAGGCUGAAGGCCAGCCCAUUUGCACCUCAGAUUAUGCCAGUAGAUGAACAUUCCUG